UUUCAUUCAGUUUACAGCUAGAAUUCGAGCCCGUCGGUCGUGUGGUGUCUGUAGUAGAGUCGGUAAAGAGUACGCUAUUCUAGUACUAGUGGAACCGCAACUUGUAGUCUCUUAUAACGUCUCUAUGCGAUUUUUAUGGUUUACUAUUUUGUUGUUUGUUUUAAUUUUAUAACUUCCCUUCAAUAGCCUCUUUUUGAGCACAAAAAAGUUCACCUCUUUUCCUCAUGGUUUUGUGAAUUGAAAAUUUUUUUAAGAUUGGUGGAAAAAAAUUGGAAUAGAAGUGUGUCCCAACAAAAUACAAAAGUGCUUCUUUAAUGCACCUAUAACGUGCCUAUAACGUGUGUGAAUACUUUUUCAAUUGUAAUCCGGCCAAUUAGUCGCUUUUCCGUUCAGGUUUGAUUACUCUGCUGAGUAAAAACUGAACAAAAAACUGCAAAUAAACAACUGCAUCGUUGAAAAAAAAGAUACAUUUUAACCAUUUGGAAUUGAAUUACAAUUAACUUGGAAACCACUUUAUCAAGAUACCCGUGUGCGGAUGCGGAUGAAAAGUAUCAGAAUCAGCAUCAUUCGAAACGACAUCAACAACUGCUAUCAACAGCACUUUUAAUAUCUCACACAGAAUAAACGAGCAACAAAAAUAUGAUCAAUUGUGUCAAGUAUCUGAGAGUUUUGAAUCAAAAAAAUAUACACAUUUUUACCGCGAAUCUAUUAUUAGUAUUUGUCUGAUAAAUUUAAAAAUAAAUAUUUCCACAAUAUAAAACGCACGUGUUUCGCUGCUGUCGGUUAAUAAUAAAUUAUUGUGGUGGUACCUGUUGCAUUUAGAGCUGAAAAUUGUGAAAUAAUUUGUUUCUGUUCAAAUUUUAAGUGUUUUUUUUUUUCUUUUUUGAAGUGCUUCGAAGUUUAAUUUUGGAUACAAUUACCCUAGUUUAGAAUGUUUGCUUUUUUCUUCAAAUAGAUGAAUAAGGUAGAUAGUGUAAGUGUUGUUGUGGUUUAAUAAAGUGGCAACAAGUCAAGCAGAAAAGUAGAGAAAUACAGGGUGUGCGCUUGUAACAAUCUCAGGACUUCAUUUCUACAAAAACAAAAGGCCGUUUAAAAAUAUACAAUCAAAAUGGAUGGAGGAUACAUAAACGAAGCCAUAACUAGCAAUAGUAACAGUGACAAGCCUCCACUACAACCACUACCACCACCAAUACAUUCAUCAUCCUCCUCCUCAUCCAAAGGGAUUUUCUCAUUGAAAAAACUCGACGAUUGGUUUCACAUUGAAUUGUUUUCAAAGGAUUCCUCCUCAUCCUCGGGUAUGUGUGUGUCCUCAUUAGCAUCUCCUACUCCUUCUACUACUAAAUCUCAAACUAACGGUGGCCAACUCAAAACGAAAAACGGUCAAAAAUAUGUUUUAAAUGGAAAACCUGAAAGAAUGACACGAUCAUUUGCCAUCCUGUCAGGGUGUGUUUUGCUUCUAGCAAUAUUGAUUGCAAUAUUGAUCACGUAUUUCAUUACGGCAAGUGCUUAUAGCUCAAAAGGCUGCUUAAAUGGUCACAGUGCAUCGAAUUACAACAAUCAUCAUGGCGGUGGUGAAAACUUUAGCGCCACGAUUGCAAGUGCAAGUACUUUUGGAAUGCCAUCAUCAUCGCGGUCACCAGGAACAAAUGCCGCAGUCGCUGAGGGACAUGACCCAUAUUCCAAUGAAUCCAAUAAACAAAAUGAUGAUAAUCCUAUCGAUCGAAAGUUACAAUUGUAUGAAGGAUGGACACCAGAAAUAUACAAAAUUCUUAUUGAGCCAAAUUUAAGUACUUCCACAAGUAAUGGAACUGUGUCAGUUUUAAUAUCACGUGACUACAGUGUAAAAGGUUUGCAGCCCAUAGUUUUUGAUGUCAAUAAUAUAACAAUUCUCGAGGCACGAGUUGUACGAAGUCUACCAGAUGACAAUGACUUGGAUUUCGAGAGUGAUUAUGGAGAAAAUAAUACAACAUUUGUCAUUAAAGUUCAAAAAGAUGUGGAAGCAGAGAAGAAUUUAAAAUUGGUUGUCUAUUUGGAUUUUGUUAGUGAAAUAACAAGUACAUUGCAGGGAAUUUAUAAGACAAGUUAUAUCAAUUCGGAAACAUUGGAAACAGAAUGGAUGAUAAGUACCCAAUUCUCCCCAAUCGAUGCACGCCGAGGUUUCCCAUGCUUCGAUCGUCCCGAUAAAAAAGCCAACUUCUCAAUAAGCAUCAUUCACGAGCAAUCUAAAACAACAGCUCUUUCUAAUAUGCCUUCCAAACGUAUCACAAAAUACCGUCCCGGAUAUGUUAAAGAAGAUUUCGAAAUCACUCCCAAAAUGCCAACCUACUUAGUUGCAUUUAUCGUGUCAAAUCUAGUUAAAGCCAAUUACUCUAACUCCGAUCGAAGUGCAAAAACUCAAAUUGAAUUCUAUACCCGUUCCGAAGGCACUGACAUGACAACGUACGCCUACGAUGUUACUCGCAAGAUUCUACCCUUCUUUGAGUCUUAUUUUGGCAUUGAAUAUAAACUUCCUAAAAUUGACAUGGUCUCGGUGCCAGAUUUUGGAUUUGGUGCUAUGGAAAAUUGGGGUCUAAUUACAUUUAGAGAUUCAUCACUUUUGGUCCCAGAAGAUCAAGAGAAGACUUCGUCAGCAGAACACACUGAAUAUGUGGCAAGUAUUAUCUCUCACGAAUUGGCUCAUCAAUGGUUUGGUAACUUGGUCACUCCAAAAUGGUGGGAUGACUUGUGGCUUAAGGAAGGCUUUGCCACUUACAUGAGCUACAUUGCCACCGAUUCUAUCCACUCCGAAUGGAAAAUCAUGGACACUUUCACAGUCUUCGAGUUCCAACAAUCUAUGGACAAAGACUCCGAUAACAGCUCACAUCCGAUAACCUUCGAUGUCGAAUCGAUUAAUGACAUUCGUCGCAUCUUCGAUCCCAUUUCCUACUCCAAAAGCACAAUUCUCCUGCGUAUGUUGAACUCUAUCGUCGGCCAUGAUGCCUUCCGGGAUGCUACCAGAGAAUUUCUGAAAACCUUUCAGUACAAGAAUGCCAAUCGUAACGACUUGUGGAGCUUCAUGACAUUUCAAGCUCAUGCCAAACGCACUCUGCCACUUGAUAUCCACAUCAAGGACAUCAUGAAUACGUGGAUCAGUCAGGCGGGAUAUCCUGUAGUGACAGUGAAACGAAAUGAGACAAAACUAGUCAUCACUCAGCAACGGUAUAUGUUGCCGCAGAAAAAUGACACCGAUGACACUCGCUGGUACAUUCCGAUAACAUUUGAGACCGACGAAUCAAAGAAGGGUGAUGACAUCCCAACACAUUACAUGCUUCCCGAUGACAAAGAGAUCGUGAUCGACGAUGUAUUCAGUGAUUCGAACAGUUCUGACAUUGUCGUCUAUCUGAAUUUAAAUCGUCAAGGGUAUUAUCGGGUGAAUUAUGAUUACGAGUCGUGGAUUGUGUUGAAGAAGAAAUUCAGUACUUUGCCGAGUAUUACAAGGGCACAGCUGUUGGAUGAUUCAUUUCAUUUGGCACAAGCUGAGUAUUUGACUUAUGACAUACCGUUGACAUUUUUAUUGGAGAUGUAUACAGCGGUUGAGGAUGAAUUGUUGUGGGCUUCAUCACAGCACGGCUUGAAUUAUAUGAUAUUUAUGUUGCAUAGGGAACCGGCUUAUGAGACUUUUAGGGCUUUUAUGAGAUUCAUUGUGCGUCCAGCUUUUGAUCAUUAUGGAUUGAAUGAACCCAGUGAUGCUACACAUACACAAUUAAUGCAUCGGGCGAGAGUUGCACGAAUGGCAUGCAAAUUCAAUUAUGACAGAUGUACAACUGCUGCUCAAUUGAAAUAUAGGGAAUGGAUGACGAAUAAAACAAAUAUGAUCAAACCAAAUCUUAAAGAAAUAAUUUACUGCACAACCCUUGCUGAAGGCUCCUAUCAAGAAUGGUAUUUCGCUUACAAACAAUACAAACGGACAACCAGUGCAUCGGAGAAGGAACAAAUUCUGAUAGCUCUUGGUUGUACACAAAAACCAUGGUUGUUAUCAAAGUACCUCAACAUGACUAUCGAUCCAUCUUCUGGAAUUCUUAAACAAGACGGAGCUCGUGCCUUCAGUGCUGUAGCUCAAAAUCCAAUUGGAUUCGAAAUUGCAUUUGAUUUUCUUGCAACGAAUAUUAAAGAGAUCUCAGAAUAUUUUGGAGAUGGUUUCUCAACCCUCACAAAAAUGAUCGACUCAAUCACCUCAUUUAUGAAUAAAGACUAUCACAGGGAGCAACUGGAACGAUUUGCCAUACGAGCCCGUAAAUUAGGACUCACUUCUGUAGAGAACACUAUUCAACUCGCUAUGGAACAAGUUAAUAAUAAUAUUUAUUGGAGAAAUCGAUCCUACUAUAGUCUCAAGGGUUUCCUUGAGGCGAUAGUUAGUGAAUUCCGUAUUAAUAUUUUUUAAAUCUUCUCUAGAAUUUGGUUAAGAUUAAAUUUAAUUUAAAAAAAAAAUUAUCAUAAACAUGAAAAGUGUAUACUAUUUUUUUUUUUAAUUUUUAAUAAAUAAUUUAAGUCUCGACGAAAAGAAAAGGUUCUAUAAUAAGGCCCAUCUUUUUGUUCUAAUGUUUAAUUUUUUUUGUAUAAGAUUAAUCAUAUAUAAUUUGCAUACAAGUGAUAUAAAUUUUAAGAAUAUAAUAAACCGAAACUCGAAAGAGGAGUUCGAUGGCCUUUUGUAAGAUUUUUUUUUUAUUUAAAUAUUUUUUAUUUUAUUUUUAACAUUAUGGGUGCAAAAGAAAAAAAAAUAAUUAUGAACGAAAACUGAAGACUAAUGUUCCUAUUAUUCAUUAGAUUUUUAACAUUUUUCAUUUGUUUCUGCAAAAUAAAUAAAUUAAUUAAUUGGAAAUUUUUUAUUUUUGUCUUUUGAUUUAUGUCAUUUCAAAAAAAUUAAAUUUUUUUUGUGUCAAAAUUGCCCAUAAAAAUUAAUUAUUUUUAUACAAGAAAAUAAAAAAAAUAUUUUGCACCUUUUUUAAUUUUUGUUUAGCAAGGCAGCUUUUCUUAAAAAAAAAAUAAAAGUUUUAAAAAUGGAAAAAAAAAAAACAUAUAAUAUCUAAAAAACUGCCUAUAAUGUUAAAUAAAAUACUGUACACUAUUAAACUAUAUACCAACAAAUUUAAAAUUAAUCUUUUUUAAUUACUGUAUAUUAAUAAAAUAAAUAUUUUUACAAAAUAAAAAAUAAAACCUAAAUGUUAAUCCAUUAAAAUAAUUAUGUUGGACAUAAUUUUCUUAUAUAACAAAAAACUUUAACUAAAACUGAAACCGUCUUAAGAAAUAACUACCACACACUUAAGUAGUUUAGUAGAAAUUAAAU